UGUAAAUUAAUACCGUAGCGAUCAUGGCGGUACGUUUACAGUUCGAAAAUAACAAUGAAAUUGGAGUUUUCUCCAAGCUAACGAAUUCUUAUUGCCUCGUAGCAAUAGGCGGUUCGGAGAAUUUUUACAGUGUGUUUGAGGCGGAGUUAGCUGAAACUAUUCCUGUAAUUCACGUGUCGCUUGCAGGGUGUCGUAUAAUCGGACGAUUGUGCGUUGGAAAUAGAAAUGGACUGUUAGUCCCAAACACUACAACAGAUACUGAACUGCAGCAUAUACGAAAUUCAUUGCCUGAUAAGGUUAAAGUACAAAGAGUUGAAGAAAGACUCUCUGCUCUGGGUAAUGUUAUUGCAUGUAAUGACUAUGUGGCUUUAGUACAUCCUGAUCUUGAUAGGGAAACAGAAGAAAUUUUAGCAGAUACAUUGAAUGUAGAAGUAUUUAGACAAACUGUGGCAAGUAAUGUUCUAGUAGGAUCAUAUUCUGUAUUAUCAAAUCAAGGUGGUUUAGUACAUCCAAAAACCUCUAUACAAGAUCAAGAUGAAUUGUCAUCUUUGCUACAAGUGCCACUUGCUGCAGGUACAGUGAAUAGAGGCAGUGAUGUUAUAGCUGCAGGAAUGGUUGUAAAUGACUGGGUAGCCUUUUGUGGUAUGGAUACAACUUCUACAGAACUUUCUGUGAUUGAAAGUGUUUUUAAACUUAAUGAAUCUACACCAGCUGCUAUCACAUCAACUAUGCGUGCAUCACUUAUAGAAAGUAUGUCUUAAGUAAAAUUGAACUCUCUGGGAGAGAAUAAACAAGCAAAAAAAAAAUGGUUGACGGUAGAUUGUACUAUGUACAUGUACAUAAGUUUAAUAUUUAUGUCAAGACAAUUGCACAAGACAAUGCUGUACUUUGGACAAUACACCUACAG